UGCGUUGAGCUUAACGAUUCUCAUCUCGUCAUCAUUUGUAACCACAGAGCAUGAAUUACCUCUUGAAGUCAUCAGUGAGAAUUUACGACUGGUCAACAAAAGCACGUGAUUCCUAAACGCACCCCCACCCCCAUAUUUGGCUGCAUACAUAGCAAAAACGAAGUACAGUGCAUUGCUAUAAUUCAUUAAUACAUCAUAAAUCGUGAAGCACAGCGUUAUAACGACCAAGAUCUACAAAUCAAGCCCUCUACAAUAACCUAAAUGAGCUCUUACUUUGUAAACUCGUUCUCAGGGCGCUACCCAAAUGGCCCCGACUACCAGUUACUAAAUUAUGGAACUAGCAGCAGCGCUAUGAACGGUUCGUACAGGGACUCCGGCACGAUGCAUUCGGGCUCUUAUGGCUACAGCUACAAUGGGAUGGACUUAAGCGUCAAUCGUUCAACCACCAACAACCACUUUGGGGCUGUUGGGGAUAACUCCCGGGGUUUCCAGUCUCCAGCCCCGGAGUCUCGGUUCAGACAGCCGUCUAGCUGCUCGCUUUCGUCUCCCGACUCCCUUUCUUGCGCCAACACCGAAACUCUGGGACCCAAAAGCUCCUCUCCCCCUUCCGACCAGAGCAACACCACCGCCAGCAAUAACCUCAACAACAGCACACAUUUCACAGAAUUAGACGAAACUAGCGCUUCUUCUGAGACCGAAGAAGGUACCCACAGAAGCAGCAAUCCCACUACCCGGACACAGCAACAGGAAUCUACCGCAACCUCCACCACAGCAUCGACCGAUGGGCAAGCGCCACAAAUAUUCCCUUGGAUGCGGAAGCUACAUAUUAACCAUGAUAUGACUGGACCAGAUGGGAAAAGGGCCCGAACUGCGUACACCCGCUACCAGACGCUAGAGCUGGAGAAAGAAUUUCAUUUCAAUAGAUAUUUAACUAGAAGAAGGAGAAUAGAGAUAGCCCACGCGCUAUGCCUGUCGGAACGACAAAUUAAGAUAUGGUUCCAGAAUCGGAGGAUGAAAUGGAAGAAAGACAAUAAACUGAAAAGUAUGAGUCUUGCAACUGCAGGUAGCGCCUUCCAGCCCUGAAUAUUACCCAUACAAAUGAAAUGAGAAGGAAAAUGGGGAAAUAAAUAAAUAAAUAGAUAGAUAAAAAUACUAUUCCUCUGAGUACUGUACAGCGCAGCACCUUCGGUAUGUUGUUGAUGUUUUAGACAUCUUAAAAUUCCAAUAUGGUACUGCUAACAUAAACAUGAUAACUUGUGUUUAACUGUUGCUGUUUUUAUUGCUAUGGUAAUUAUUUUAAAAAA